AUGGUGUCCAAGAAGCAGAACAGUAUCAUCAUUGCCCUUUCCCCUCAGACUAAAGCUCAUGAGUCCGUUAACGCUGGGUUGCAGCUUGUUCUCAAGUCCGGCAAGUACACCAUCGGCUGGAGGUCCACUAUGAAGGCCAUCCGUUCCGGUAGCGCCAAGCUCGUCCUCGUGUCGAACAACUGUCCUGCUCUCCGUCGCUCCGAGAUCGAGUACUACGCCAUGCUCUCCAAGACUGGUGUCCAUCACUACGUCGGUGACAACAACGCCCUCGGCACCGCCUGCCGUAGGUUCUACCGCGUUUCCUGCAUGGCCGUUCUCGAUGCCGGUGACUCUGAUAUUCUCACCGCUCUCGAGUAA